AUGGCUUCCGCAGAGGAGCAAGUCAAGGCUCGUCUCGAGCAACUGUCGUCCGUCGGUCAGGCUGCGCUCUGGGAGCGCAGCCUGGCCGAAGAGUUUAAGAAACUCAACAAGAGGCACGGCAAGAAGUCAUACCAGAAGGCUUGCGGCGGGGUGGGAAAGUGCGACAACGCACUUUGCGACCACCGGUACGCGGUGGGUGGGAGUGGUUCUGUCCCGGUCUCCGUGGACAUCAAACUGCUCGAAAUCGUCCUGAAGAAGUGUGCCGCGGACGGCUACCCAGUCCGACCUGGCUACGCCUCUUCCAUCCUCGCCGAGAACGGCAAUAAAAUCGUUCCGGCCAUCGCAUGCAUCAAGAAGGAGAUCGACUUCCGCGAGAAGACCCUUCACGAGACCGGUCGCGUUUCCGUCCCUUACGAACGCAUCGCCGCUUACCAGGUCAUCGAGAUGUACCGUGCGCGCGGAGAGGAUACGGCUGGCAAGUUCAUCGACACCCGAGAUGCGAUUAUCGAGGCGUUGGAGUACGAGGAGGCGGCUUUGUUGUCUACGGAACCUAAUUCUUGGAAGAAGUUGUUUGGUCUCAAGUCGAAGAGCAAGACCGCUCGGAAGGACGGUGAAGAUUACGCCAAGAGCGUCCACGAAGGCGAGAAGGAGUACCGCGAGGCUCGAGCAAAGCACUGGAAGAUCAUCAAGCAGGACAAGGACUUGAGUGAGGCUGAGAUUGAGAAGUGUAUGGAAGCUUGGGAGGAUGAGAAUGCCAAGCCCGGUAUGCAUUCACGAUUGACUGGAGGAGUCGGAUCUUGCUAUCGACGCACACACUACACCGAUCCUGAUGCUCCCGCUCGUGCUCCUGUCACCAACGUCAGAACUACUACCUUGGCUGAUGGACACAAGAUCGUUGAGAUUCACACUGCCGACCAAACACCCGAAGAGAAGCUCGUAAGAGAGAAGGCACGCAAUGAACUCCAAGAACUCGCCAAGAAGAAGGUAGAACGAGAGGCAGCCGCUAAGGCCAACCAGUCAGCUACUUCAGCAAUUCCUAUCAUCACAGUCACGGCCGCUUCAGAAGACGACCAAGUCUAUGCCUCAACUAUGUCAAACAACGGAGAAUCGAGUGGCAGCAGCAGCGCUCGUGAAACCAUCACCAUCAAGUCUGGCUUCUGGGAUGACGACAAGCAGAAGCGUGUCAUGAGUGUCCACACCUACGACGUGGAUUUCGAUGUUGUCGGAGAGUUUCAGGCUGUGAAGCUAGGCUGGGAGAUGAUGGGACAAGAUUCCUACGAAUUCGUCGAAGCUUUCAAGCACCAAAUGGACCCCACUCGCGAGUAUAUCGAGGCUGACUUUGAAGCUUGGGCCAUCAUGUACAAGGAGCAAUCUGAUAGGCAAAGCUUUGCAAAGAUGGAUUAUGUUCGAGCUCUUGACAGCCAAAUUCGCAGAAUUAAGAUGGCAAACGGAGACACCAAGGUCCAAGAGGAGUAUCUGGCUAGGAUUCACGACGACGAGGGUGUCUGUGACUUGAACAAAGCUUUCCAGGAGCAUAUCGACGCUGCUGAGGGUCAUAACAGCUUGUACAAGUCUCUUGGUGCCACUGUCUACAGAGGAUCUGUCAUGUCUACUAUCAGCGAUAUUGAGUACAAGCCAGGACCUCGCAUUCCACUGUUUCCCCUCUGCGAAGAAAUCGAUGCACCAGCUUUGGCAAAGCACUACUGGGAUGUUCUGGUUGAUUAUAGAAAGGAAGAGACCGCGGAGGCUCGAGCUGCAGAUGAGGAAUACGCCCAAGCAGUCGCUAUCCGAGAGCAAGAACGAAGAAAGAACGAAGCAGUAGUAAACAGUCAAGACAAAGGAAAGGGUCGAGCUGCUGAUGAGACAACCGCUAUUCCUGAAGCCACUGGCAGUCGAUCGGUCCCGAAGUAUCAUACGACUGUCGAGGACGAGGAGACUCAUGACUUCGGGGUAGCCAGCUCUGAUGCUCAACCCUACACUGAUGCUCAACCCUACGCUGAUGCUCAACACUACGCUGAUACCAAGGGCAAAGUCCGAGCUUUCAACCAUGACCCCAUCGAAACCCAGAGCUAUCAUGCCCAGUACCUCGCCAAGGCUGACGGCAACAGCCAAUCUUUCGAUAAGUACAUCGGCUUGGAGCACUCUACUUCUCAAGGCCAACAUGAUUAUAAGGGCAAAGGCAAGGAGAGAGCUACCGAAACUGACGAGGAAUUUACGAUUGAUCACUCUCAACCUGUUGAUCCCAACGUCCUCGAGAUCUUGCACAUGUUCCAGAAGUUCGAGAUUCGACCUGAGGAUGAGGAAAUGGACGAUGAUAGCAACUCGGAGGAGGAACCUGUAAAUGAAGAAGAAAUUCCUGGACUUCCAAUUAUGGAGCGCGAUCCACUAUUCCGCAAGCUCGAUGGGAUUGUUCUCAAGGUUUGGAAGGAUAAGAUUGUCGUUGCUGAUGCCACAAAGGAUGAUGUCGACUAUGUUAUGAGCUGGGGUGUCCCCUUUUACGAACUCGCCAACACUCUCAUCAUUCUCUGUGGUGGAAGCGCUGCUCUUGCUGCUCAUUUCCACAAGAACUUCCUUCUCCCUGAGAUUGCAAAGGCCUUCGCCAAGAUUCGUCAGCCAGGUCAAGUUGUCGUUCCCGAGGUUGAGAAUUUGACGUACCACGUUGAGAUGAUGGAGUGGGCUAACCAUCUACUUGAGUUCGUCCUCAAUGGAUACGGACAAUUCGAGAAGAAGGAGGAGGCUCCGAAGGCUCCACCUCCAAAGGCUCCCAAGAAGAAGACUACCAAGUCCCGCAAGAUUGCGGCUCAGCGAGCUCGUCGUUAG